AUGGCGUCUCGAAAACGCGGCGCGGAAGAACAUCCUGAUGGUGUCGUCAGGGCGGCGAGCAAAUCAUAUUUUGCCGCCCCGCUAACAAACUCUUUGACGUCCGAUCAUCUCAGUCCUCCUCCAAGUCCAACUUCGAGUUGUAGUUGCCAGAAACCCGCCGGCAUGGAACGAAUUUUCGCUCUGUCGCCGACGCCGACUGUCGUCCUCGACAAAGAUUUACGAAUAAUCAUCCUUUCGACUUCCUGGCAGAAGCAGGCCCAUAUCCCCCUGGACAAAGUUCGUGGCAAAUCCUUUCUGGAGACGAUCGGCGACUUGCUCCUGCCAACAGAUGCCGUCACCACCACCCAACUGAUUCAGGGUGCAAUCGCGAGCCGCGAAGAGAAGCGCUCUGAACCCCAGCCAGGGAUCACGGCUUCCAGUUAUUGGCGGGUCCGAGUGGCCCCGAUUUUUGACGAGGACGAACUUCUCUACGUGGUUGUCGAGGGUGUUGACGCUACGGACGAGGUCGACAGAACGCAACAACAGGUCGCCCAACUGUCAUCGGCAGAGACAUAUCGUAUCUUGGUCAGCACCCUUCGAGAUUAUGCCAUCUUCAUGCUCGACGCCAAUGGUUGCAUAGCCACAUGGAACACUGGUGCCAUGCUGCUCAAACAAUACACCCAGGAAGAAAUCGUGGGCAAACAUUUCUCCACCUUUUAUAGCGAAGAGGACCGAAAGGCAAGGAAACCUGAAAAGGAGCUGGAAGUCGCUCUGCGGGAAGGAAAGGUGGAAGAUGAGGGUUGGCGUGUCAAAAAGGACGGGUCCAGGUUUUGGGCAAAUGUCAUCAUUUCUCCCGUCUACCGCGAUGGAGUUUUGACUGGCUUCAGCAAAAUCACCAGAGACCUGACAGAGCGAAAGGCGGGAGAAGCACGACUGAUUGCUGCGUACGAAGAGGCAUCCAGAAUGAAGUCUGACUUCUUGGCUAACAUGAGCCACGAAAUUCGAACGCCGAUGCAUGGGAUGCUCUCGGCCCUGUCGUUACUGAUCGACACAGGACUUACAAACGAACAAAAGGAGCUUGCCGGCAUUAUCGAUGAAUCAGGAGCCAUCCUGUUGCAGGUCAUCAAUGACAUCCUCGACUACUCCAAACUCAGCUCCGGCACAUUUUCACUCAACAAAGAGCUCAUGAACAUUGCGGAGAUUGUUGCCGCAGUCCGACGGUGUUUCAACAUCGGGUCGUCCGAUAAUUUGAGAUUUGAAAUCGACCUGGACCCUCGUCUCCCAACCUUCGCACAAGGAGAUCCUCUCCGCUAUCGUCAGAUCUUGCAAAACCUAGUGUCGAACGCAGUCAAAUUCACCGACAGAGGCUAUGUACGCGUCAAAGUUGCCCUUACCUACGAGGACGAUACCUCGUACGGCCUCAAAACCGAAGUAAUUGAUUCGGGUAUCGGGGUUACCCCCGAGGCGGAAAAUGUCUUGUUCACCCCUUUCACCCAGUUGGACACCUCUUCGACUAAGAGAUACAAGGGCACAGGGCUUGGCCUUUCCAUUUGCAAGAGUUUGGCUGAACUGAUGGGCGGGGUCGUCGGUUAUAUGCGGAAUCCAGAGCACCAAGGAAGCAUCUUCUACUUCACAUCCAAGGUUAACAAACUAGAAGGCUCACCAGCCAAACCACUUCCGAAAGCACCGCUGGACACAGAUCUCAAAAAGUUGGCGCAAACUAAACAUAUACUUCUCGUUGAAGACAACGCAAUCAAUCAGACCAUUAUGGUUCGCCUUUUGCAAAGCUUUGGCUUGGAGAAGGUGGACGUCGCUUCUGACGGCGCGGAGGGUGUAAGAAUGGUAACCCAAAAGCCUCUGGCUUACAGCCUGAUCCUGAUGGACAUUUCUAUGCCCGUGAUGGAUGGUGUGACUGCCACAAGGAGGAUUCGAGAAGCUGGUCACGUGGUUCCAAUAAUCGCCAUGACUGCGAAUGCGUUGAAGGGAGACGAAGAGGCGUAUCUCGCGGAAGGCAUGAACGACUACAUCGCCAAGCCGGUGGACAGAAGACUUCUUAUGGAGUCGCUAGUGAGAUGGUUGCGUUGA